CACAAAUUAUGAGACAGAAGCUUUCCAAAGAGCGGGCUGAAGGGGAUUUUGAAAGCCUUAACGAGGUACUCCAGCUUCUCAACCACUCUUCCCCAUUCCACCGGCUCUCCCCCUCCGUUGCCGUACAACUACUGGCGAUCUUCAUCCUACAGGUGACACCCCCUGGCACCGCAAAAGAGAGUGCGGCUAUGCUUUGAAGCAACAGUGGGUGAUGGCUAUGGCAUCGAACGAGCCCACGCGCUCGAAGAUGGCGCAGCUUCGAAUGGCCUGCGAGCAGGAAAUACGAGCCUGCCGAGAGAGAUAUGGACUUCUGGCGACCUCCAUUCGGGAGUCGAUCAAGUCCAUAAAGGCAUUAGUUGAAAAUGCCCAAAUAAAUCGAGGAAAUCUUGCUAAGCUCAAAGAUCACUUAAAGGAAUUGGAAGACAGUUUUCGUUAUGCUCUAAAAGUAAAUGCCUCCAAAGAUGCCAAACAUACAUCCAUUUCUGAAGCUAUCUCUGCCAUGGUAGUAAGAAUUGAGCAUCUGAAGAAAACAGUUGAUGAUCAGAGGGCAAAGAAGGAUGAGUAUGAAGCAGUGCUAUCACGGCAGUUACUUG